GCUUCGCCGUGGUGUUGCUGCUGACUUCUCAGACGCGCAGCGCUCAUCGAUUCCUCGGCACAACCGUCUGCCUGCAUGCCCUGUUCUUGUACAAUCAUCUCACCCGCAAGACACCACACAUCGCUGGCCCAGAUACCGUACCAUUGCUCGAGGCCGGUACACGACACGCCCGGGGAGCUGUACAACUGGAAUUGAUGAUAAGCAGGUGACGUACGAUUCCGUAACGCACUUCUAAUGUGGACACACACUCCUUCAUAUCAAGAUCAUCGCCAGCACCUCGAGCUUGGAAACCCCACGUCGAUGUCGAAUCUAGCCACUGUCUGGCGAAAGAAGGAAGAGAUUACAUCCCAGAUAUGCGCUGUGAGGCGAGAAUCGGAAUUGCGGCUACAAGAUCACGUCGUUUCCUCAGAAUUUGUGUACGACAGUGCUUCUCCCCGUUUUGGCCGGCACGUCGUCCCCUCGCACGCGCUCCUUUGCGCUGCCCGCGCGCUACGUGAGAAUCUGGUGCCUCUCCCCGACAGCUCUGGAAGAGACGGAACGCCAGCGCGCCAUCGCCGGGGCAAGCGGCGCGAGGCGCCCCAACACGCGCCGCCAGCCACGCCCUGUGAGUGCCUCCCUCCAAGACUUGUGCGGGCACCCAGCAGACCAGCACGUCAUCUUCCCUGCGCGCGCCCGAGCAACCGCCCGCCGCGUGGACUCUGUCCAUCACGCAGUUCCUGGACUCGGACCCACUGAUCGACACAUGCCGCGCUGCUCUGCGCACCGAGACGCACUCGUGCACGCUCAUCGCUCGCGUCACCGCGCCUCAUUACGGCCCC